GUCUAAUGUGAUAAGAAAGUUUGACAAGCUUGAAAGGGCAUUUGGACAUUUUCAAAUAUUUAAUUUUUAAUGUUCGAGUGUGAUCGUGAUCUGAGCAAUUAUAAAGCAAGUGAAUUAAGUAAAAGCAGUUCUCGUGCGACUCUUCUACCGAAGGUUUCAUUCAUGUCUCAUUAUUCUUAUUUUUUGAGUUGAGUAAUCCAAGUUCAUACCCAAGGGUACCCGCACAAGGUACUCAAACACCAGUAUCGUGUGUCUUCAAAGUUAUGUUUACUCCAUGUAAUGGUCAUCCUAUUAUUAAAGGUCUUCCAAAAAAAGGUCUGUUCUACAAUAUCGAAUCAUAAGAUGUGUCUCACUCUAAGUAAUUAUGAGUGUGCGUCCUCUAACGAAAUUAAUAUGCUCACGAGUAUGUUUUUCUCAGCAAGCUAACAAAGCGGUGUGCUCAACAGAGCAUGCUAAGGAACUAAAGAAUACUCCUAGAAGAGAAGAUAACAGAAUAGGUGGACACGACAUGGUAGGAGAACCAAAUCCACUAACAAAUCUACGACCCUUGAAGUUUCAUAUUCCAGAAAAUGAAACGGAAAUUGAAAGAAGGUAUCGCUUAAAACGAGAAGAAGUUCAGCAGUGGAAUGAUCGGUUUUGGGCCCGACAUAACACUCGAUUCUUCGAGGAAAAGGAGAAGUAUGUAGAAAGCAUGAAACAAAGUAAGGCUAAGGAUAGCAAGGAGAGUAAUCAGAAUGUCACUGCUGAUGAAAUGUCUUCUUUUUAUGCACAAUUUUUAAAUGAUAAUUGGAAUCGACAUUUACUGUAUAAUUUUGAAUGGUAUAAGAAGAAUAUAAGCCUAGUUAUAUUGUCACUUCAAGUUAAAUGGUCUCAUUUAAAAGAUAGAAUAUUCUCCAGGAGGAGAAAAUCAGUGUAGUGAAGAGAAGCUUCUAAUAAAUGCUUUUGUUUUGUUCGCAA